AUGGCACCCUCCGCUCUAGCAGAUAUCUAUCCUAUCCCUGCGCGGCACUACUCUAAGCCUUCCACUGUAGUUGCAUCCGUCCUGUAUGGGCCAAGGGAUUUACGACUCGAAACUCGACACAUCUCAGACCCGGGACCCCAUGAAUUGCAGGUCGCUAUCAAAGCCACUGGCGUCUGCGGGAGCGAUGUCUCUUACUACAACAAGUUUCGCAACGGCGAUCUUCAGGCCGUGCAGCCGCUAUCUUUAGGCCACGAGUCCGCUGGGAUCGUAGUCGCCAUCGGCGAGGCUGUCACUGGUUUCCAGAUUGGCGAACGAGUAGCGCUUGAGGUUGGCGUACCGUGCGACAAUUGUCGGUCAUGUCAACGAGGUCGAUAUAACCUUUGCCCCGGCAUGAGGUUCCGAAGUAGCGCCAAAUCUGUGCCUCAUUUCCAGGGUACGCUCCAGGAACGCAUCAAUCACCCCGCUAAGUGGUGCCACAAGAUUCCCCAACAUGUCUCGAUGGAGUCGGCCGCUUUGCUCGAGCCGCUGUCUGUUGCUAUACAUGCGACUCGCAGGGCGUCAAUAGAGCAAGGCGAUACGGUGACUGUCUUCGGUGCGGGCACCGUUGGCCUGCUGACGGCUGCAAUGGCCAAAAUGUCAGGUGCUACAACAGUAGUCAUCGCCGACAUUGACAGCGGGCGCGUCAAUUACGCUCUGGCCAAUGGCUUCGCACACAAGGGCUACAUUGUUCAUCCGCGAAGGCACUUGAUGGAGACUGCUGAAAAGCUAGCAGUCGCAAAAGAGUUGGCUGGAGACGUGAUGCAAAUCGCUUCGCUGAAUGACCCGGAGUUCGAAGGCGCCGACGUGACGUUCGACUGCACAGGAAAGGAAAUAUGCAUGCAGGCUGGGCUCUACUCAACCAGACCAGGCGGCAAACUCAUCAUGGUCGGUAUGGGCACCCCAGUCCAGACCCUACCCAUGUCAGCUUCACAUCUAAAAGAAGUCGAUAUCAUUGGCAUCUUCCGGUACGCCAAUACGUACCCCACAGGCAUCAAGAUUCUCUCGUCCGGAGCAUUACCGAAUCUAGACAGCAUGGUCACGCACCGUUUCCGAGGACUCACUGCAGCGAAGGAAGCGUUCGAGCUCGCGGGGAAAACUACAGACAAGGAGGGCAGACUUGUCCUCAAGAUUCUCGUUGAGAAUUGA